CACGACCAACCACACUCCCGCUUACAUGACGUCACAGGCGAUUCGCUUUUGUUUUGAAUUUUCACUAUUGACCACGCCCCUUUUUAGAGACGAUCAUCUCAUCUUAUAAUCUCUUGCCAGCAGCUUUUAGAUCCCUGAAAUGUUUUCCGCACUUGCCCGAAACACCUUGCGUGCCGCCGGUAGCCCCGCUAGCAAAGUGAUUGCCAGAAAUAUUAACUCGUCGUACACCGUCGUCUCCGGACCACCUACCAACCGAAUUUCCUUUGCUGAAAAGUUGAUCUUGGGUAUGACCAUGUGCGGAAGCCUGUUCGUCGUCCCUUCUUGGGUUUUGGUCAACAUCAAGAAGUGGAACGGUUCUGACGAGUAAAUCCACCUGCAGCUUCCCUAGUUACCGCUUGUCCUGUAGAACCCG